UUAAAAUAGUGAAUGCUGAUUAAUCUCAGAUUAAUGACAGGUGUUUUCUCUGUUCUAAAUGUCCAGAGUGCAUCUCUCCCAGCAGGGUGGACUCUGCUAUGGAUCAGUGUGAGGAGGGAGUCCCCCCCUCUAAAACCACUCAGAGCAAAACUCAGAGGAUGCAGCGACAGAAACCAGACUCUCCUGGACCAGAUCCUGGAUCUGAAUCUGGAUCUGAACCCAGCUGUGUGUCCAUGAAGAGUGACUGGUCUAUGGAUUUCCCUAUCGUCUUUAAAGCUGGAGAAGCUGCUGAUGGAAGGAUGCAACGACAGAAACCAGACUCUCCUGGACCAGAUCCUGGAUCUGAAUCUGGACCUGAACCCAGCUGUGUGUCCAUGAAGAGUGACCGGUCUAAAGGUCUUCCUCUCAACUUUAAAGCUGGAGAAGCUGCAGAUGGAAGAGUUCAUCAGGAGAGCUCAGAGGGCCUCGGUGGUCAGUUUGCUCAGCAGCAUCAAACAGACCUGGACUCCAUAUUUAUGCUGCUGGAGGACAACAUCGGCACUUUUGUGAAGAACGAGUUGAAGAAGAUCCAGAAGGCUCUGAGUCCAGAUUACCCAGAAUGCUUAGAGAGUCAGAGGGAGGAUGAGGAGGUGUUGGACGGUGAGGAUGAGGAGCAGAGGAGGAGCAGCAGAGAGGCCUUUCUGAAGAUCACACUGAACUUCCUGAGGAGAAUGAAGCAGGAGGAGCUGGCUGACUGUCUGCAGAGCAGAACUGUUGCUCCAGUGUGUCGACGUCAACUCAAGUCUAACCUGAAGAAGAAGUUCCAGUGUGUGUUUGAGGGGAUCGCUAAAGCAGGAAACCCAACCCUUCUGAAUCAGAUCUACACAGAGCUCUACAUCACAGAGGGAGGGACUGCAGAGGUCAAUGAUGAACAUGAGGUCAGACAGAUUGAAACAGCAUCCAGGAAACCAGACAGACCAGAAACAACAAUCAGACAAGAAGACAUCUUUAAAGCCUCACCUGGAAGAGAUGAACCAAUCAGAACAGUGAUGACAAAGGGAGUGGCUGGCAUCGGGAAAACAGUCUUAACACAGAAGUUCACUCUGGACUGGGCUGAAGACAAAGCCAACCAGGACAUCCAGUUCAUAUUUCCAUUCACUUUCAGAGAGCUGAAUGUGCUGAAAGAGAAGAAGUACAGCUUGGUGGAACUUGUUCAUCACUUCUAUACUGAAACCAAAGAAGCAGGAAUCUGCAGGUUUGAAGAGUUCCCGGUUGUGUUCAUCUUUGACGGUCUGGAUGAGUGUCGACUUCCUCUGGACUUCCUCAACAACAAGAUCCUGACUGAUGUUACAGAGUCCACCUCAGUGGAUGUGCUGCUGACAAACCUCAUCAGGGGGAAACUGCUUCCCUCUGCUCGCCUCUGGAUAACCACACGACCUGCAGCAGCCAAUCAGAUCCCUCCUGAGUGUGUUGACAUGGUGACCGAGGUCAGAGGGUUCACUGACCCACAGAAGGAGGAGUACUUCAGGAAGAGAUCCAGAGAUGAGGAGCAGACCAGCAGCAUCAUCUCCCACAUCAAGACAUCACGAAGCCUCCACAUCAUGUGCCACAUCCCGGUCUUCUGCUGGAUCACUGCUACAGUUCUGGAGGAGGUGUUGAAGACCAGAGAGGGAGGAGAGCUGCCCAAGACCCUGACUGAGAUGUACAUCCACUUCCUGGUGGUUCAGUCCAAAGUGAAGAACAUCAAGUAUGAUGGAGGAGCUGAGACAGAUCCACACUGGAGUCCAGAGAGCAGGAAGAUGAUCGAGUCUCUGAGAAAACUGGCCUUUGAUCAGCUGCAGAAAGGCAACCUGAUCUUCUAUGAAUCCGACCUGACAGAGUGUGGCAUCGAUAUCAGAGCAGCCUCAGUGUACUCAGGAGUGUUCACACAGAUCUUUAAAGAGGAGAGAGGACUGUACCAGGACAAGGUGUUCUGCUUCGUCCAUCUGAGUGUUCAGGAGUUUCUGGCUGCUCUUCAUGUCCAUCUGAUAUUCAUCAACUCUGAUGUCAAUCUGAUGGCAGAAGAACAAAAAACCUCCUGGUUGUCCAAAGUCUUCAGAAACAAACCUGAUCCAACACAUCUCUACCAGAGUGCUGUGGACAAGGCCUUACAGAGUCCAAACGGACACCUAGACUUGUUCCUCCGCUUCCUCCUGGGUCUUUCCCUAGAGACCAAUCAGACUCUCCUACGAGGUCUGCUGACACAGACAGGAAGUAGCUCACAAACCAAUCAGAAAACAAUUGAGUACAUCAAGAAGAAGAUCAGUGAAAAUUCCUCAGCAGAGAAAAGCAUCAAUCUGUUCCACUGUCUGAAUGAACUGAAUAAUCGUUCUCUGGUGGAGGAGAUCCAACAGUCCCUGAGUUCAGGACGUCUCUCCACAGAUGAACUGUCUCCUGCUCAGUGGUCAGCUCUGGUCUUCAUCUUACUGUCAUCAGGAGAAGAUCUGGACGUGUUUGACCUUAAGAAAUACUCUGCUUCAGAGGAGGCUCUUCUGAGGCUGCUGCCGGUGGUCAAAGCCUCCAACAAAGCUCUACUGAGUGGCUGUAAACUCUCAGAGAGAAGCUGUGAAGCUCUGUCCUCAGUGCUCGGCUCCCAGUCCUCUAGUCUGAGAGACCUGGACCUGAGUAACAACGACCUACAGGAUUCAGGAGUGACGCUGCUGUCUGCUGGACUGAAGAGUCCACAUUGUAAACUGGAAACUCUCAGUCUGUCAGGCUGUCUGAUCACAGAGGAAGGCUGUUCUUCUCUGGCCUCAGCUCUGAGCUCCAACCCCUCCCAUCUGAGAGAGCUGGACCUGAGCUACAAUCAUCCAGGAGACUCAGGAGGGAAGCUGCUGUCUGCUGGACUGGAGGAUCCACACUGGAGACUGGACACUCUCAGGACGGACCAUAGUGGACAGCAGAGACUGAGACCUGGUCUGAGGAAGUAUGUCUGUCAACUGGAACUGGACACAAACACAGUACACAGAAAACUCAAACUGUCUGACAACAACAGGAAGGUGACACGUGUGGAGGAGGUUCAGUCAUAUCCUGAUCAUCCAGACAGAUUCAUCUCCUGGAAUCAGCUGCUGUGUAGAACUGGUCUGACUGGUCGCUGCUACUGGGAGGUCAAGUGGAGCGGAUUGGUUGAGAUAUCAGUGAGUUACAGCGGAAUCAGGAGGAGAGGAGACAGUGUGUUUGGAUGGAAUGAUCAGUCCUGGAAUCUGACCUGCUCUGGUGGUCGUUACUCUGUCUGUCACAAUAACAGAGAAACACCCAUCACCUCCUCCUCCUCCUCCUCCUCCUCCUCCUCCUCCUCCCCUGGUAGAGUAGCAGUGUAUGUGGACUAUCCUGCUGGCACUCUGUCCUUCUACAGAGUCUCCUCUGACACCCUGAUCCACCUCCACACCUUCAGCACCACAUUCACUGAACCUCUUUAUCCUGGGUUUGAGGUCUGGUUUCCUGGUUCCUCAGUGUCUCUGUGUCCUCUGCAGGUCUGAGUGUCUCUGUGUCCUCUGCAGGUCUGAGUGUCUCUGUGUCCUCUGCAGGUCUGAGUGUCUCUGUGUCCUCUGCAGGUCUGAGUGUCUCUGUGUCCUCUGCAGGUCUGAGUGUCUCUGUGUCCUCUGCAGGUCUGAGUGUCUCUGUGUGUCCUCUGCAGGUCUGAGUGUCUCUGUGUCCUCUGCAGGUCUGAGUGUCUCCUGUGGACUGAAGUCAAAGUUCAGUGUGUUCACCAUCACACUCACUCAAACCCAAAUCCUUCAUGUGUCAUCUGUUGAUCAUCAACAUUCAUCAUGAACUCUUCUCUCUCUUGAGUCAUCCUGUAAUGUAAUGAAUGGGAUACAGUCAUAUAUUCAAUAUUUCAUCUUUCUAAUGUUUCUAAAUGCUUUUAAUAAAAUCUGUAGUUUUCUUUGGUUCA